AUGAAGCCCGACGAGCGACAUACACUGGAUGACGAGGCCCAAUUGCAGGCUCUCGGCCACAAGGGCGAGCUGAAGCGCAACUUCAGUCUGCUGUCUAUGCUUGGGCUUGCUUUCGCCAUCUUGAACUCGUGGACGGCGCUUUCAUCGUCAAUCGGACUAGCUCUGCCUUCCGGUGGCUCAACCAGCGUCAUAUGGGGACUCGUCACAGCUGGUAUAUGCAACUUGUGUCUGGCCGCGUCCCUGGCCGAAUUUCUAUCAGCAUAUCCCACUGCUGGUGGACAAUAUCAUUGGGUCGCCGUCAUAACCCCACGGAAAUGGGUUCCACUCGCGUCUUUUAUUACUGGAUGGAUCAAUGUAUCCGGAUGGCUUGCACUGACUACUUCCGGAGGUUUACUAGCGUCUCAGCUCAUCUCUGGCCUAAUCGCAUUAUACCAUCCCGACUUUACGCUGCAUCCAUGGCAGGUCUGGCUAAUUUAUGUCGCUUGGACGAUCAUCGCCUUCAUCAUCAACGCCUUUAUGAACAAUCUUCUGCCCUACGUCAAUCGUGGUGCCUUCAUCUGGUCAAUCGGCGGUUUUGCGAUUGUCUGCAUCACCGUCCUAGCUUGCUCAUCCCCGGAAUACGCGUCCGGAGAAUUCGUCUUCACCGAGUUCAUCAAUGAGACGGGCUGGCCGGACGGUAUUGCGUGGCUUCUAGGCUUGCUUCAAGGUGGUUUUGGGCUCACCGGUUACGACGCAGUCGCACAUAUGAUUGAGGAGAUACCGAAUGCUGCAGUUGAGGGGCCAAAGAUCAUGAUUUACUGCGUCUGUAUUGGAACAGUAACUGGCUUCAUCUUCCUCAUGGUCUUGCUAUUUGUCUCCGGUGGCGAUGCAGAGUCCAUCAUUUCAGCAGCGCCAGGCCCCUUGUUACAGAUCUUGUAUAAUGCUACAAGCAGCCGAGCUGGAGCAGCAUGUCUACUAAUGUUCCCAUUGGUUUGCAUUCUCUUCGCAGAGACUGCCAUCAUGACCACUUCUAGUCGCAUGACAUACGCAUUCGCUCGGGAUGGCGGCCUUCCAUUUUCCAAGUUCUUCGCAAAGGUGCACCCACGCCUGGGUCAGCCGCUCAACGCCCUAAUCCUAGCUGCAACUUUGACUAUUCUCUUUGGAUUGAUCUUAAUCGGAUCGAGCAGCGCUUUCAACGCUCUUAUCUCAGCAUCAGUUGUUGCCUUGGGUGUGAGUUAUGCGAUACCCGUUGCGAUCAAUGUCUGCCGUGGUAGGAAGAUGCUCGGACCCAGAGCCUUUGUUUUGCCUGGACCCUUCGGCUGGAUUGCGAACCUGAUUGGUAUCGCAUACACUAUCGUCACUACUGUUCUCUUCUUGUUCCCGCCUGAAUUGCCCGUCUCAGCUUCGAGCAUGAACUACUGCGUCGUCGCCUUUGGUAUAAUCUUGUUCAUUAGCACCUUCCAAUGGUUCGUAGAUGGACGCAAGAAUUUUACUGGCCCUCGAGCAGAUGUGGGCCUCGAAGUCUUGGAAGCCAUGAAAAGCCAUGAGCCAAACGACGCUACAGCUCAACAUUCCAAGGAUGUCGAUGGGGGCAAAGACUUGCAUGAGAUGGAAAGCCUGAACGCGAACGCCCCCGAGAAGCCUAACGACAUACCGACCAAGGCGGCGUCUUCCCAAAUCAGUGGCUCGCCGUCAACAUCGAAUAGCAAUUCCAAUCCAGCAUAUCGCGCUGCCUUCAACUCUGGAGCCCCUCUCACGCAGUUUGCGAAAAAGGCGCCACAUGCGCAGCCAUCUUCCAUCGCUCCUAAUUCAGCGCUGUCUGGAUAUCUCUUCUCGCGUGUCAAGCGAAUUGGCGCCUCUAACAUUAGCGAUAUCCCGCCACCACAAAUUCCCCUAUAUCCCAAACCAGUUACGACCCGCGCUGGCCAGAGGACUAACGACCGCUUUACCGAAUCCGAGGAUAUUGACAUGCCCGAUGCGGACUUCCGGUCACCUCCGACGCCUUCAACAACACGACCUGGUGGGGACAACGCCCAUCAUCUAUCGAACAAAUCUUCACAAAAUAACGGAAAAGAUACAGCAGCUGCAAGUGUUUCGAGCGAGCCGUCCGACACCGAUUCGUCCACAUCAGUCGACCGCAACAGCCGCCCUCCAUCGAUCCCGGUGCGUCAACAAGACCGCCAGCAAACACCCACCACACCACAGACUGAGGAAGACUGGCUCGACGACAUCGUCAUCGAAGAAGACACACCCGAGAACAAUCUCCCUGUCGGCUACCUUGGCACUUUCCGUGGCUCGCGCCACUUCAUUCCAGAAUAUCCAGGCAUGCUACCCUGCAGUCAUAACACCAAACAUCACCUCCUCUGCGGCCACUGGAUUUCCAGUUCCGAGCCAUGUGGUAGCAACUGCAAAAAGCAGAAUCAUGCCGAAAAGCCCUUCAACUGCCCAACAUGUCAAGGAAUUGUUCGCGAAGCCCUCACCGGAUCGAUCCUCUCAGCGGUCGAGUCGAUACGGUUGAGGAAACUAAAGGAAAAGGGCAACAGCAUAGUCUAUGUGUCUUGUUGUGUCGAGCAAGUCGUCCGCGCUGCACCCCAAAUCAAGUCCGGCGUCACCGAGGCUGUAGCCGGACUUCUCUUGGAAGAGUAUGGACGUAAAUGUGAGCAGGCAGACAAUCCAGAUCCUGAGGGACUUGAAACAAUCGAGUGGAUUGUGAGAGACAUGCAAGAGCGAACUGAGCGCAAGCAGCGCGAGAGAUUCGCCCAAGAGAACCCCCUCAACACACACGACAAACGCAAGAGCUAUGAAGAUGCGAUGUAUCUGUCUGUCAAUGAGAUCAACCUUGGGACAGACCGCUCAGCUACUCAAGAUAAGCAGCCACGAGGCAGUUCCUCAACGGGCGAAGACGACAAGCAAGAUACAUUGUCAGCCAGCAAAAAAAGGCAAAAAACGAAGCUAGAGAACCACCGCGAGCCCACGACGCCCCAAAGCCGCGGCACGAAGCGCCCUUGUCCAUCCACUUCCUCCUCAGAUGGAAACGUCUCGCCAUUCGCCUCCGUCGCUGGCAGUAAGCGUAUCAAAACUCCCAUGGAGAAGGUCUACACUCCGCCUUCCUCUACGUUUGGUGAGGCUAGUUUUCCCUCUCCAAAUGCCAGCGUUAUUGGAGCUAUGAAGCGGAAGCAUCGGAAUGAUGGAGACUUGGAUGGCGGAAGUGAUGUUUUAAUGAAGAGUGGAUUUAAGAGAUGUAGAGUUGGGAUUUGGCGGGCUUUCCAGGAGCGAGUGAAGAUGCAGAUGUCAGGAUUCGCGGGAUUUGCAGCAGCAUGGGAUGAGGACAAAGAUGAUUUCUAG